AAUGAAAGAUUUUUUUGGGGCGUUACUUUUAGUUUAGUAAUAAUUUAUAAUGAGUGAAAGAAAUUCAUAUGGAUACAGUUGGGUUAAAGGGUUAGAUUAGGGUUAGAUUUUUUAAAUGAUACCAGUAAACGGACCUCACUUUCCAGUAGCGUUGACUGGAUAGUGUUGAAGGAACUUCUCACACACGAUCCAUCAGUGCAGAACACAGCUCUCACCUAGAUCCGUUAAUGCCACAGCCAGUUCUCGGACACGAUCGGUAAAUGUCACAGCCAGCUCUCACCAAGAUCUGACACAAAAUCAGGAGCUUAUGUCUUGCACGUUCUUAAAGUGUGUGCGUAACACUGAGGCAGCUGAACUUUUAGUAGUUUGAAUCACACUUAAAAUGCACUGGACAGGACAUUGUCCAAAGGAUAUUAACCCCUGAUGAAAUCCAGCAAACCCCCCCAGUAACGCAACGCUUUACUUUCCAUAAAAAGUAACUUUUUUAAACUAAUUUAAUUACUUUUUUAAGGAGUAACGCAAUAUUCUAAUGAGUUAUUUUUAAAAGUAACCUUACCCAAGGUUGAUUACCACUUUUUGAAUACCACCAAUUUUUUUUUCCUUUGACUAUAUUUGUCAAGUUCUGAAUAAAGUGAUUUUAUAGUUACGGAAGUAGUUUUCAUUUAUAAAGUAUUUAAUUCAAUUAUUGGAUUUUUCCAAAAUAGGCAUUACAGUAUGGUUAUUUACAGUUUAUGAUCGCUAUGACAAUUUUUUCAAUACUUUUAACAAUUUUCCUAAACUCUUAACACAGUUAGCACAACAUUCGUCUGUGUAGGCUAUAUAAUUUACACAUUUCUUGUUGCUUUGACACUAAAUGCAUACAGUUAACACAAAUUUAAAAUGCUUGAACUUCUUUUACACACAAGCACAACCAAGACCAAAACAAUGGAUUUUUACUGCCAAAUUUACAAAUGCUUUCACACUGUAUGUCAGAACAGAUAACAUCAUGUUCUAAACCUAACUUAUAGGCUAAAGUCAAAGUGAACAGCUGUUCAUAUUGUGAAUUGAAACACAAAUAUAUCCCCUGUAUUUUAUUCCAUUGCUAUUGAGAAAUAGCUGAUUGAAGUUAUGCAAAUAAAUCACAGCUGAUUCCCAUCUAGGAAACACACUCCGGUGUUGAGGUUCUUUCAAUCGCAUGACCAUAUGGUAUACAGUAAAAGAGGACCUCUUUGGGCUGAUCUUGUGUGGAAAAGAAACAAUAUAGAGCAACAGAAAGAAAGUAAGAAAAAUGCCUGCACGAGGGAAAGGAAGAUGAGUACCGAAACGAGGGCAAGGGAGAGGAAUGCCUGGACGAGGACAAGGUAGAGGGAGAGGAGUUAGAAUGCAUGGUGGCGCUCAAAGAAGGGCCAGAGCUAGGGUAACUGAUGAAAUAAGAGCUACUAUCAUAGACCAUGUCAUAAACCAUGGGCUAUCAUACAGAGAGGCUGGUGAACGAGUACAGACAAAUCUCAGCCAUGACACAGUGGCAUCCAUUGUCCGGAUUUUUCGAGAAACCAACAGGUAGGAUAUUGUAUAAGGGUUUCUCCUACUGCAAUGUGUAAAUAAUUUUACCAUGUAUUACAGUGACUGUAUGCAUCCAGUCUCUAAUAUGUAACUGUAUAUUGUCUCUCUAAGGAUUCAAUGUCUACCUCCCUCAGGGGGCAGAGGAAAGCUCCUAAAUGUAGAACAGGAACUUGCUAUUGUCAACAUGGUGAUUGCUGACAAUGAAAUAAAACUGAAGGACAUUCAGUCCAGAGUUGUAGAGGACAACCUUGUCUUUGGGAACAUUGCAACAAUCAGCAUAACAUACAUUUCUCUGACUCUAGCUAAAUACAGAGUCUGAAUGAAACAGCUAUACAAAGUUCUUUUUGAAAGGAAUGGUGAGCGCAUCAAAGAACUCCGUCGCCAAUACGUCCAGAGAGUCAUGGAUUUGGAGGCCAAUCAAGUCCCACAUGAAAUGAUCUACGCUGACGAGGCUGGCUUUAAUUUGGCGAAAAGGCAUCGGCGUGGAAGAAACAUAAUUGGCAAAAGGGCCACAGUUACCGUGCCGGGCCAGAGAGGAGCCAACAUCACCAUGUGCGCCGCAAUCUCCAACAACGGUGCACUCCUGCAUAAUUGUGAGAUUGGCCCCUACAACACCGACCACCUUCUAGAAGACCUGCAUGAAAGACUGGUGCCAGAGGUAGAAAGGGGACAGGUGGGAGACCACUUGCCAAUAUAUGUGAUCACAUGGGACAAUGUGGCAUUCCACCAUUCCCGUGCAGUCACAGCCUGGUUUGACGCCCAUCCGAGGAUGAUGUCCCUUUUCCUUGCCCCUUACUCCCCUUUCCUCAACCCCAUUGAGGAGUUUUUCUCAGCCUGGAGAUUGGUCCACAGGACCAAAUGUCCCUCCUGGAUGCAAUGGAUGCUGCAUGCCAAGACAUCACUGCUGAACACUGCCAGGGGUGGAUAAGGCAUGCCAAAAGAUUUUUCCCAAGAUGCCUUGCCAGAGAAGAUAUCAGGUGUGAUGUGGAUGAGAACAUGUGGCCAAAUGCAGAAGACCGGGCAGAUUUUUUUUUUUUUUUUUCUUCUGUGGCUUUUUCUGUUUGUAUAUUUUGUAUUUUCACAUAAUAAAUGGCAGCUAUAUUGCAUAUUUUUGUUAUCUUGCAGUAAUGUCCUGUUUCAAAUAAAGCCUUUACUGCAGCAAUUCUGUCUUUUUUUCAUAAACCGUACAUUCUAUAAAGCUACUCUGAGAUGGGGCAUUAAUUUUUUGUAUUGAAUUUCUGCAGCAAAAGAAACAAAAUGCAUGCAUUUACUAAACCCAACAAAAUAAAAAUGUAGAGAGGCUUCAAAAGAAACUGCAGUGCAAAACACAAUCUAUGAUCAAUACAAUAUACUGUCUAUUGUAUAAGGGCAGACCUGACACACAAAAUAAUGCAGUUUCUGUAAUUCCAUCUGAUGUUAGUGUUUUUAUGACAUUGUGCUAUGAUUGACUAAAUGUUCCUGUUGGAAGAGAACAUGUGUUAGUGUUUUGGAAUAAUUAUUUGAUUUUUGAGACAUGUUUGCAGUGUUUUGGUAGACAUAGUGUAUUGUGUUAGUGUAUUAUUGUAUUUUGAUAAUUAGUGUUGGAGUUUAGUUUACAAUGUGUUAUUUUGAGCAUGAAAUUAACCGUUUUGCCAGCUGUGUGUUGUAGGUGUGUUGGUGCAUUGAGUUUAGGAAAAUUGUUAAAAGUAUUGAAAAAAUUGUCAUAGCGAUCGUAAAAAACUGUAAUAUAUAAACCAUUUUUUUUUUUUUUUUUUUAUUGAACUCUAUCGUGAUAUAUAUCGUUAUUGUGAUAUAAAAUUUGUGAUAUCAUAUAAGAUUUUGGUCAUAUUGCCCACCCCUGCUGUGAACAAAGUUUUCCUGCUAAAUGCUUAUCCCCCUUGCAAAUGCAGUUAUAUUUGCUAAAAGAGUA